AUGGUUGAACUCAACCACAAUCACAAGAUGCUGGAAAGCCCCGGGAUGCUUUUGCACAAGCGGUCGCACAAAAAAGGCGAACCUUUGAUAGACCAGUUAGUGAAAGACAUGCAACUUGACAACCACAUACAUGCUCAGAUGAUGUCAACGCUGUCGCGUAUGUCCGGUGGUCUGCAGUACAUGGGACAUACUAGCCGCGACUGGGUAAACAAGAAACAAAAGUUUGCCAGAGAAGAGUCCCAAGAUGACGUCAAGAAACUUCUGGAUUUCUUCGAGAAUAUGCAGAAGAUAAACCCAGAGUUUUUCUAUGAUUAUGACGUUGAUGCAGAUAAUCGUGUAAGAAAUGUCUUUUGGGCCAAUGCAUGUUGCAAAGGAUCGUAUGAAGAUUUUGGAGACUGCGUUACAUUUGACACGACGUAUAAAACUAACAAAUUCCACAUGCCGCUGGGAGUCUUCAUGGGAGUGAACCAUCAUCUACAGAGCACCAUAUUUGCUGUUGCACUCGUGCGAGAUGAAACAAUACCGUCGUUCGAGUGGGUUUUCAAAACAUUUCUGAGGUGUAUGAACAACAAGCUUCCAAUCUGCAUGCUCACAGACCAAUGUUCUUCGAUGAAGGCAGCAUUAAAAACUAUCCUCCCACAUACUGUGCAUAAGUUGUGUUGGUGGCAUAUCAUGAAGAAGCACAAAGACCACCUCGCCUUGCUGUAUAAGGCGGACGAGAAACUUAAGGAUGACCUCAAUGCGGUGCUGAACCACCCACUAAUGUCGUUAGAAUUUGAACGAGCAUGGAAGGACCUCAUUCAGAUAUACAACUUGCAAGACGAUGAAGUGAUGAAUUCGCUGUGGGAAGACAGGCACGAGUUGAUCUCGGCUUACUACAAGGAAAUUUUCUGUGCUCGGAUGACUUCCAUACAGAGAAGCGAGAGCAUGAACCGCAUACUGAAGAAAAACUUUGUCAAAGAGAAGCAUGAUCUCCAUCUAUUUGCUCAGCAGGUGGACAAGUGCAUUCAGACCAGCAAGGCCGUCGAGCACGCAGAGGCAGUAGCAAAUGAGUCAGAGGUAAAGACAACAACCCAGUUUGGGUUCGAAGUUUAG